CACACACACACACACACUCUCUCUCUCAGUCUCUCCCCCUGUCUCUCUCUCUCACACUCUCUCUCAGUCUCUCUCUCUCAGUCUCUCACACUCUCUCUCUCUCCCACAGUCUCUCUCUCUCUCACACACACUCUCUCACUCUCAGUCUCUCUCCCCUGUCUCUCUCUCUCAGUCUCUCUCCCCUGUCUCUCUCUCUGUCUCUCUCUCACACACUCUCUCUCAGUCUCUCUCUCUCAGUCUCUCACACUCUCUCUCUCUCCCACAGUCUCUCUCUCUCUCACACACACUCUCUCACUCUCAGUCUCUCUCCCCUGUCUCUCUCUCUCAGUCUCUCUCCCCUGUCUCUCUCUCACACACUCUCUCUCAGUCUCCCUCUCUCUCUCUCUCUCUCACUCUCUCAGUUUCUCUCACACUCUCUGUCUCUCUCACUCAGUCUCUCUCUCUCAGUCUCUCUCUCUCACACUCUCUCAGUCUCUCUCUCUCAGUCUCUCUCUCUCACACUCUCUCAGUCUCUCUCUCUCUCUCUCUCAGUCUCUCCCCCUCCCUCCCCCCGGCUGUUGUGUUACCGGUUCCCGCACUGGGCCCGCGGUGAUUGUCGGACUCGGUGGUUUAUUUUGGGUUCUGAGCUGGCUGCCAGUUUCCAAGAUGGCCGCCGCGCAGUGGGUUCCUGGCCGCUCUAUCCGCCCGCCCCCCGCAGUCUCUAUGGUUCUCCCCCAGUGACAGCCGGGAGAGGUUCCCGCCUUCUCUGACGUCACCGAGAGGCCGGCUCCGGAGCUCAGCGAACGCAAGAUGGCGGCCACCACGGGCUCGGGUGAGCUGGGAGCCGGGGGGAGAGCGGGGGGGGAGCCCAUGGUGACCGCAGGCCGAGUGUGGGGGCCGGGGGCCGAGUCAGGGGCCACAAACCGAGCGGAGCCUGAGAGUCCGGCCUUCCCACCACCCUCAGCCAGCAACCUGCCCUGUCACUCCCACCACCCUCAGCCAGCAACCUGCCCUGUCACUCCCACCACCCUCAGCCAGCAACCUGCCCUGUCACUCCCACCACCCUCAGCCAGCAACCUGCCCUGUCACUCCCACCACCCUCAGCCAGCAACCUGCCCUGUCACACUCACACCACCCUCAGCCAGCAGCAACCUGCCCUGUCACUCCCACCACCCUCAGCCAGCAACCUGCCCUGUCACUCCCACCACCCUCAGCCAGCAACCUGCCCUGUCACUCCCACCACCCUCAGCCAGCAACCUGCCCUGUCACUCCCACCACCCUCAGCCAGCAACCUGCCCUGUCACUCCACCACCCUCAGCCAGCAACCUGCCCUGUCACUCCCACCACCCUCAGCCAGCAACCUGCCAUGUCACUCCCACCACCCUCAGCCAGCAACCUGCCCUGUCACUCCCACCACCCUCAGCCAGCAACCUGCCCUGUCACUCCCACCACCCUCAGCCAGCAACCUGCCCUGUCACUCCCACCACCCUCAGCCAGCAAUCUGCCCUGUCACUCCCACUCCCAUCAUCCCAGACACCACCCUCAGCCAGCAUUCUACCCUGUCAGUCCCAUCAUCCCAUACACCACUCUCAGCCAGCAAUCUGCCCUGUCAGGGCCCGAGACUACCAUCACCUCACACUCCCAUCAUCCCAGACACCACCCUCAGCCAGCAAUCUGCCCUGUGAGGCUUCCUGACUUCAAUCACACCCAUCAAUCCCUAGCACUCUGAAUCCCAUCAUCCCAGACUCCACAGUCGGCCAGCAAUCUAUCCUGUCAGGGGCCAGAGACUCCCAUCAUCCUAGGUCCCUCACUGUAAUCACCCAUGGUUCACACAUCGGCCAGCAAUCUGUCUUGUCUAGGGGCCUGAGAUUCCCACCACCCCUCUCCCAUCAUCCCAGACCCCCAUCAAUCUCUGGUCCCAUGACUCCUCUCAUCCCUCACUCCCAUCAUCCCAGACACCACCCUCAGCCAGAAAUCUGCCUUGUGAGAGUCCUAGACUCCCAUCAUCCCAGGACCCUUGACUCCUAUCAUCCCUCACUUCAAUCAAUCACAGGUCUUCAGAUAGUGGUCCCUGUGGGCUCCCUCUCCUGCCUGCUAUUUAGUAGAGUUGCCACCAUGUUUUUAUAGACUUGUCAAUUAUAUGUAUUGAUGGGCAGCACAGCAAAAUGUUUACUCUGCCAGAGUGAAAUUAAAAUAUCAGUCAUUAUAGAUGUAUAGACCAAUGAGAUUUGAAGGAAAUGCACUAAUUCAAUUGAGCAAUUAUUGGGUGAACCAGACCAGUACAAUCCCCACCAGGUUGAAUCCAAAGCAGAAAAAAAGGCCCAGGCACUCCAAAGCUCAGAAAGGCAAAUUUAUUCAAAGUUUUUCAGCAACAUUUCGAAACCUCAGUGGACCUUGCUGGGGUCAAAAUGUUGCUGAAAAACUUGAUAAAUUUGCCUUGCUGAGUUUCGGAGUGCCUGGACCGGUCUUCACUGUUGAAUACAUUGUUAAAGGGACACUAUAGUCACCUGAACAACUUUAGCUUAAUGAAGCAGUUUUGGUGUAUAGAACAUGCCCCUGCAGCCUCACUGCUCAAUCCUCUGCCAUUUAGGAGUUAAAUCCCUUUGUUUAUGAACCCUAGUCACACCUCCCUGCAUGUGACUUGCACAGCCUUCCAUAAACACUUCCUGUAAAGAGAGCCCUAUUUAGGCUUUCUUUAUUGCAAGUUCUGUUUAAUUAAGAUUUUCUUAUCCCCUGCUAUGUUAAUAGCUUGCUAGACCCUGCAAGAGCCUCCUGUAUGUGAUUAAAGUUCAAUUUAGAGAUUGAGAUACAAUUAUUUAAGGUAAAUUACAUCUGUUUGAAAGUGAAACCAGUUUUUUUUUCAUGCAGGCUCUGUCAAUCAUAGCCAGGGGAGGUGUGGCUAGGGCUGCAUAAACAGAAACAAAGUGAUUUAACUCCUAAAUGACAGUGAAUUGAGCAGUGAAAUUGCAGGGGAAUGAUCUAUACACUAAAACUGCUUUAUUUAGCUAAAGUAAUUUAGGUGACUAUAGUGUUCCUUUAAGAGGUUCCAGCAGGGCAAAACGGGCUACCUAUAAACAUAACUGUGCAACAAUACUGCUUGUAUUUUAGGUUUCCCGUUCACAUAAGAGAAUCCAGUAUUUUAAAUUCAUUAAAGGGACACUAUAAUCACCCAGACCACUUAAAGCUCAAUAAAGUGGUAUGGGUGCCAGGUCCCCCAGGUUUCAACCCUUCAGAUGUAAACAUAGUGGUUUCAGAGAAACUAUGUUUAUAUCGCAGGGUUAAUCCAUCCUCUAGUGGCUGUCUUCCUGACAGCCGCUAGAGGCGAAUCUGCGACGCUGGGUGUGGACUUUUUCAAUGCGCGCGCAUGCGCAUUCCGCUUCACUCGGGAGUUGACGUCGACAGGGGAGGAGAGGUCACCGGUGCUUGAUAUGGGUAAGUAACUGAAGGGGUUUUAUCCUCUUCAGCGUGAAGGGAGGGGGACCCUGAGGAUGGGGUCCUAAGGUAAUAUAGUGUCAGGAAAACGAGUUUGUUUUCCUGACACUAUAGUAAUCCUUUAAGACAAUACAUCCCUAAUUAAAUGCACAAUCGUGCUGCUAAUCUAUAAAAGGGAUGAUACAUUUUACAUUUCCUGCUUGGAGAAUGAUUGCUCUGUAGUUUCGUGCCUAGAGGUGUGUUUAAAUGGAUUCUAUAAUGUUAGGAGUGUUUAUUUGUAUUUCUUACACUAUAGUUCCUUCUGGCUCCCAUCUCAUUCGCACUCCCCCCUCCCAGCAUGUAAAGAGUUGGGAUACUAUAGUGCUUGGAAUAAAAAAUUGUAUUCCUAGCAUUACAGCUGCCUGGCGGCCCCCCACUGCAAUGCUUUCCUAUGGGGAAUUGAUGGUGAAUGGAUGCCCUUGUUCAGAGUGUGAGGACGUCAGGCGACCAAAAGUUGACUAGGAAGCAGGAAGUGCCUCUAAUAGCUGCCUGAUUGACAGCCUCUUGAGGCAGUCUUAGUCCUACAAUGUCAUCAUUGCAGUUUCUCUAAAACUGCAAUGAUUUACAUUGCAGGACUAAGGGGGAUGGGGCUGAGUGAUCCUAUAGUGCCAGGAAAACAAACCCGUUUUCCUGGCACUACAGGUUUAAUAGGUCCUCCCCCUUCAGCCACUUACCUGAAUCCAGUGCCGAUGUCUCUCGGUGCUGGGUCAGGCUCCUCCCCCACCGAUGUCAGCCGGCGGGGAACCUAAUGCACAUGUACAGUAAUGGGAGCGCGCGUGCAUUAGACCUCCACAUAGGAAAGCAUUAUUCAAUAACGGACCAAAAGUCUGUUUGGAUUCCGGAGGCCCUCUAGUGGCUGUCUGUUAGACAGACACUGUGGAAAGACUUAGAGCUGCAAUGCAAACAUUACAGUAUCUCUGGAACGGCAAUGUUUUACAUGGCAGCACUAAGUGCAAAAGGGUAACAGCACCCAGACUACUUCAAUGAGCUGAAGUGGCCUAGGUGCCUACAGUGUCCCUUUCCCUUCAAUCUAAGCAUUGCAAUUUUCACAAAACGGAGAAGUGGUCUUUUAAGUAAAUUGUAUUCAGUCUCACAUAGCUACAGUAAGGAGUAACUCAUUAAACUGUGCACUGGGCGAUAGAGUGAAUGCUAAAUUACAAAACAGAUAAAAAUCAAGAAAAAUUUAUCCAAUGGAGUUAUUAGUAAAUCAUCAUGGUCUAUGUAUGAAAGGGUUAAAAAUGAAGUACGUGACUACUGUAAAUGGACAAGACUAUAUUAUUAGAAAUAACAAUUGUUAAAUGUCGGCUUAAAUGUAAAACCUGUUGCAGAUCAUCAAAGAUAUAACCCUUUAACCUCUGGUUACAGAAAUACAUGUUGUUGGUUGCUGAAUAAGCAAUAUCGUAUUUAGCUGGUGUAAACUUGUCGUGUUACUUUUGCUGUAACUUCUGUCUAUAAAUAUGUUUGCCUGACUCUUAAUACACUGGUAGUAGCCUGCAUUGAAACACGUUGUCUGUGUAUCACUGAAAGGCUCUCCCCGAACGUUCAUUCCAAAAGUGAGGUGCAUGGAACGCUUUGCCCAGCAGUGUAAAAUGAUCCCUACAAUUUGGUGGCAGUGGUGGGAUUCGAACCCACGCCUCCAGUGUAUUAACCGUUACACCAUACACAGAUUUUAUAGCGAGCAGAGUUGUCAAGUGUUUUAACAGUAUUUCGUUUAUCUAUUAAAAUACUUUAGAACAGUAACAGAGAUUAUUGGAAUUAAAGUGUUACGUCAUAGAACGCGGUUCUUCUUGAAUAAAUGAUCAUUAGGGCCAGGUAACCGUGGCUGCUGCAGAAGUUGUACUUCUCAAUCAUUUAGAAAAUCCACCCCAGCUUCUAAAUAUUAUUGCGACUCUGUCACCCCAAGCUUACCUUUCUUCCAUUGUUUUUACUUUUCUUCCUCUUUCACAAUCUGUUCUUUUCUUUAUUUCUGACCUGAUUUAGGGACUAUUUUGCCUUGUGUAUUCUUUCUACACUUGGCAAUUUUGACAAAUGGAGCUUAAAGCAAGCUUUGCCCUUUGUUGGCUUGACAGAGGAAGUGGAGCCGUAAAGGGACACUCCACUGGCCAAACACAAAAUAAAUAACUGCUUAGUUGAUAUACUAUAAAUGAAAACUUACAUGCAUUUUAUUAUUGCGGGUAUGUCUAAAAACAACUUGCACACAGUGUAGAUCUCUUGUCUGCAGCUUUUGCAAGCCCUCCCCUUCUAACCCCGCUCAGACUUUCUGUGGCUGUCCAAUCACAAACUCCCCAAUGCAGCUCAAUGAGAAGUCUUUGCAAGGCAGGUGCUCUGGGCAAUUGCUGCCUUUUGAGUUUCUCCACUGAGCUAACCAAACCAGGAAGUAACAGGACCGGUUGUAUGAUUGACAGUUAGGAGAGGUGCAACUAGGUUCAUUUAUAAAUGUGACAAUUCUAUUGAGAUCCGCACUGUUUGCAAAAUGAAUAAAGAGGGGUCUGGAGGGAUCCUUUAAGCCCCACCCUUUAGUCACAUUUCUCAGGCGUAGGUAUAUUUAGUUCCUCUGUCCCCCAGUCUGUGCAGUGAAAAGGUGAGUUUACUCUGGUUUUGCUGCGGCCGGUUCCACUCCAUGACUCCAUCAAUCUUGAUAAUCUCAGCCAUUUCCCAUAGGAAAUCAUUGGAAGGCUUGUGUGCGUGUGUGGGAAAACUCUGCGCUGCACCAAUCAACAUCUCAUCAUAGAGAUGCAUUGAAUCAAUACAUAUCUAUGGGGAACAUUAAGCUUCUCCAUGCAGAGUGUGGAGACACUGAACGCCAGUGUUACACACUGUGCAGCACUGACACGGAAUUACUCUAGUGACAGCAACUUGAAGUGUAACUAGCCAGCAAUGUAAACACUACCUUUUCUCUAAAAAAAAAAAUGUAUUGCUUAUAGUUCUACGGCUGUAGGACAUACUUUAGACACCAGAAGCACUAUAUUAAACUGUAGUGGUUCUGGGUCUUUUUAAUAUUAAAAAUAUACACACACAAAAUUGUGUGUGUGUAUUUAUGUCAGAUUUUUACAUAAUUUUUUUUUAAAUUAAAUUAUAUUUUGUGGGACCUACCUGACAAUCCAGGGACAAAGUUCAGAGAAUUAACUGAUCAAAAUAAUAUGUGCUGGUACACUUAAUAUGAAAGAGGUAAAUUGUGGUUGAACAGACACAUUGCUCAAAUUACUGAUAUUAUUUUGGUUCAGAACUUUUACAAUUGUCUCCAUCCUUAAAGGGAUACUAUAGGGCCCCAGACAUUUCAUUGAAGUGGUCAGGGUGCUGUGUCCCUGUUCCCUUUAGCCUGCAAUGUAAAACGGUUUAUAUUGCAGCACAAAGACUUCCUCUAGAGGCCCUUCCUAGCGUUUGACUCCUCACGCGCUAGAUGAGGACAUUAGCGUCAAAGAAUACCCCACAGGAAAGCAUUGAGAAGGCCUAAUGCGUGUGUGGCUGGUGUCGGAGGAGGUUGGCUGGUGUCGGAGGAGGUUGUGUUAUUUAACCCUUUACAUUGAUUGGCAGAUGAAAAUUUUUGUGUUAGUAAAAUGUCUUUUUAUUCCUAACACUACAGUGUUCCUUUAAGUGGUUAGGUUAAUAUGCUGUUUUUCAUUGUUGUUGUAUUUGGUGUUUUUGUUUGCACGUUUAAAUCUUUAUAGUUUUUGCCCAAACAAUAAAUGUCUUGGAGAAUGCUACACUAUAAACCUGCCUCCUUGGCCACAACCCCUCGUGCCAGAAAGACUUUAUCAUCAAAGGUAUGUCCACAAUAGGUCCACGUUCAUUUUCAUUUAGGGCCCCCACCCGCCACUCAAGGGGGGGAGGACAAUAGGUCCACGUUCAUUUUCAUUUAGGGCCCCCGCCCGCUGCUCAUGUGUGGGGGCCGGGGAGAGGACAAUAAGUUCACCACCCCCACCCGCCGCUCAUCGGUGGGGGCCGGGGGGAGGACAAUAGGUCCACCCCUUAUUGUAAUUUAGGGCCCCCAUCCGCCGCUCAUGCAGGUCGUCGUCGUUGUCCCCUCCCCCGAAUUUUCAUUCAUGGUGGGGGUAGGGAGGGGGAAGUUAGGUCCCCCCUUCAGUUAAAUAGCCCCCACUCACGCGGCAAGGGUGGGGGGACACUAAGGUUUUUAGUGAGAGUGAGUGAGGGAGGACAUGGGGGCUUAGGAGGUGGCGGGGAGCACUGCUUUCUGACCAAUAGAUGAAAUUCCUGUUCGCAUGCCCAGGUGUUUAACUGGCCAUGUGUGGGAAUCUCACAGCACCAUCUAGUGUUGGCAGAUGACCUUAAAAGAAGUGAGGGGGAGACAAUAAAACUAAAUACAUGUAAAUAAAAAUACUUACCAUUUGAUGUCUUCAUUUUUCACCCCCAAAAAAGGCCAAAUAUAUAUCCAUAAUACCCGUCAUACCUUUCAAAUAAAAUAAAAAACCAGAGCGCCCCAAAAAAUCAGACGGAAAAAGAAAUCCUGAAGCUGAAAAAGUAAUCCAUUUUCACUCAGCGAGGGCAUGGUGCAGACUUAGCUCCGCAGGGCAGGGAAAGGCCUCUAAAGCCUUCCCACGACCUGCAAUUUGACUUAUAGCACUCUGAUUGGUUGAUUUAAGCCAACCAAUCAGAGUGCUCUGACAGGUAAGUCUCUACAUUUACCUGUCACAGCACUCUGGUUGGUUGGCAUGAAAUCCAACUAAUCAUAGUGCUCUGAGUAAUUUUACAAAGCGUGGGAAAGUUCUUUGGAUAUUCGGUGUGUGUGUUUGUCUAACAUUUCUAUUCAUUCCUUCGUCUUUCAGACGAUUGAAUUGAUGAAAUUCCCGUAGCGAAUGCCCAAGUGUUUAACAAAAAAUUUCACAGCGCUAUCUAGGGUGGGCAGAUGACGUGUCCCACAGGGACUUCAUCUACCCACACAAAGAUGGCGGUGCCCAGGACUUAGGUCUUAGGUAAUAUGGGGGCUUAGGGGAAUUUGGGCGUGUCUAGGGAGACAAUUAGAUGUAGUGGAGUCGGGAGGGGGGUUAAAAUAAAAUGGGAUUCGGCCAUGACAAUGCAGCUUUAAUACAGCCCUAGCCAUGCCUCUAGGAUGUGUAAACAAAGUGAUAUAAACCCCAAAUGGCAGAGAGUUGAGCAGUGAGACUAUAGACCAAAACUGUUUCAUUAAAGGGACACUAUGGAAACCAAAACAACCUUAUCUUAAUGAAGCAGUUUUAGUGUACACACAUUCCUAUGAAGUUUCACUGCUCAAUUCAUUGCCAUUUAGAAGUGAAAUCACUUUUGUUUCUGUUUAUGUAGCCCUGGCCACACCUCUCCUGGCUGUGACUGACACAGCCUGCAUGAAAUAAAAAUGUUUUAAUUUUCAAUCAGAUGUUACUUAAUGUAAACUUUUUUUAUCUCCUGCUCUGUGCAUUUUUUGUAAUUACACACAGGAGACUCCUGCAAGGUCUAGCAAGUUAUAAACAGAGCAGGAGGUAAGAAAUUAUAAAUUAAAUAGAAUUUGCAAUAAAGGAAGUUCAAACAUUAGAUAACUCUUUACAGGAAGUGUUUAGGAAGGCUGUGUAAGUCACAUGCAGGGAGGUGUGACUAGAGCUGUAUAAACAAAGUGAUUUAACUCCUAAAUGGAAGGGAAUUGAGCAGUGAGACUGCAGGGUCAUGGUCUAUACAGUGAAACUGCUUCAUUAAGCCGGAGUUGUUUUGGUGACUGUAGUGUUCCUUUAAAGAACACUUUGAUUAAACUGACACAAUCUUGAAUCUUUAUUUAGGACAGUGAGAAUGCUUGUGAAACUGUUUAGGUCACUCUACGUGUCAGAGUUUUGUAAGAACUGUAGUAUUUUCUUAAAAUAUUUAAAUAUUUGUUGUGUGGCUUGCUUUGCGGUCUUUAAAUGUAAAUUCAGACCAAGAGUUCCAAGCUUAGAGCAAUGUUUCUCCGAGCACAUCUCUUUGGAAUUCCAGAUUUCCUGUCUCUCCUCUGAUAAUCUCGAUUGGUUCGUCUGCAAAGUUGAAUUUAGAUGUUGUUACUGUGUAUAAAAAAUUGCACAUAAAACAGAACCUUAGAUUUUCUUAGUCAAGGAGUUGCCAGCACUGUAGGCAUAUCCUUAUAUGGAUCAUGGAUUCCAGAAAAUAAACAUUUUUUGUUUUUAGAGUAUAUUUUCCCUAUUAUCGCUACUUAAAAUGAAAGUUUAUUGCAGAUUAUUUACCUUGUAUCCUCUGCAACUGCCUGCAACACCUUCAUAUAAAUAGAUGUUGGCAUGCCUGCUGGUGUAUUCUGCAAACUCUCUCAAAAUCAGAUGCUUCUUUUAUAGAAUCAGUGGAUUGGAUCAACACAUGCACAGCCAUCCAAUCACAUGCUAUGAGCAGCAUUUAAUUUCAGGACCAAGUUUGACUCGUUUCUGGAGGAGGAAGCGCCUCUAGUGGCUCUCGGGAAGAUGGCCACUAGAGGUGUAUUUUUAACACUACAAUGUAAACAACUAAAAUUUGUUUAAAUGACACGACUACUGCACUCAGACUUCAUUGUGAUGAAGUGGUCCAAGGUUACCUUUAGUUGUCCUUAAAGCCAUUUUUGUAGCUGGAGAGCUGUGUGUACAAUGCUGCCAGGAUGCCCUCAACGGACAGUGGUAUGAUCGCCGACUGUCUAAAAUCAGGCGCUUUUGGCUACUCACCCACUUCACUGACCAUGUGUUACUGCAAGGUUGCAGCACUCAGAUUAAUGCCAACUCUGCAGACAAUUCUCUUAUUCUAUGUACUUUCCAUCCAGAAAUAUAGAUAUGUACAAAUGCAAGGUAACAGCAAUGAAAUCCUGGCCUUUACUAUCCUGUUGCUGUUUUAUACAGCUGAUCUCACCGCUCAGUGGAUCCCGUUAUUUUGUUGCCUUAUUACCGUAUCCCCUGGUAGAACACCAAACUAUCACGCUGGCUCCUAGACCUUUCCCAUGCUUGUGCAGUGCCGGCUGAUUUAUUCAAAAUAUGUUGUUUGCAUGAUAGCUGGAGGUGAGACGCGCUGCUGACCCAGGCUGAAUCUGUCCUCGGGCACUAGGUGGAACCUGUGUGACUACGUGGGAUAAAAUGUCUCCUCGCUGCUGCCUUUUGAUUUGCAGACAGGUGAGCAAUGCUUUACUCACCUUGCUACACAAAGGAUCAGUGUGUACUGAACCUGUCUAACCCAUUCCAAUCAAAUGACCUGCCUCUGAGUUUACAACCUGCACCAUCGUCGUUCAGUUAUUUUUUUACAAACGCCAUGAACUUUGUAAAGUGUGUGUAACUAUAUAUACACACACGUACGUCUAGCACUCCAACUUACUGGUGUUAAUGCCCGGUGCUUGUCAGCAUUCACAGAUUCCAUGUAGUGUAGAUGGCACUCCAAGGACUUCCAAGUGAUAGAGUAAAACUUAACCUUUAUUGCUGAAUACAAAAAGAUUAACGUUUCAGUUUGUAAUCCAAACUUUCAUCAGGAUAUAUAUAAACCUUUGUAUCAGUAGGAAGUUAUGCUCUCUCUAUCGUUUUCAUUUCUAGUUCUCCUAAUCUUGCUUAUCGCACAAUGAUAACUUUCACUCCUGUCCCAAGGAAAUGUCUGACCAUAUAGAAACCUGGUCACGUGAUCAAUUUCUGCAUUUACCUGGUGCCCAUCCUUAUACAUUCUACACUCAUUGGAUUAGCACUCAGUCUCUGUGAGCUGCUGCCCAUUUAUUAUCCACUUUGCUUCCUGGCUUCUGUAGAUAUUAUGUGUUUAAAUACCACUGUGCCACGUUUUGCAGCAGUUUCUGUAUAGAUCUUUAACCAGGACAUUGCUGGGAUCUUUCAGCCAUUCCUGGAGCUUUCUAGGUUUCUGUGAGAGAGCUGGAUAUUCCCCACAUCGCAGCGUAGUGAGAUGGACUCGUCUCAUUCAUUGAUCACACAAACACUACUUACCCAAGUCUAUGGAUCAUUCCUUACUGUCUCUUAUAACAUGUCUCCUGGCUCCUUCAAACGUACUCUAAUCACAUCGUUUCUGGAGGGACUCUGCUUCACUCUCUCGGUGCAUUUCCCUCUCACCUUAAAUUCAGUUGAAGGCUUUUUUUACGACUUGCUAGUUUUCCUUGUCUCACUCUACUUGACCCAGUUUUCACUUCCGUCCUCAGCACUCCCUAGAGCUUGAAAUGACUGUCACAACAGAUACGAAGGGCCACUUCCUCUUACUCCCCAUGGCCUGGUUUCUUCUUCCUCCUUUGAUGACAUUUAGCAAACUCUGCUGCAAAGUUUAUAGAGUCAGGUCUCAGCUGAAAUCAUAUCUCAGGAUGUGCUCUAUUAGGGGACCAUUCAAUACAGUUUCUAUUAUAGUAAAUUCUAAAAUAGUCCACCAGUGUCUAUAGCUGAGUGGUAGAAUUUUUCCAGAUCCACUAUUUUGUCUUCAAGGACCACUAUAGACACCCAGACCACUUCAGCUCAAUAAGGUGAUCUGGGUGCCAGGUGCCCCUAGUUUUAACCCUGCAGCUGAAAACAUAGCAGUUUCAGAGAAUGUUUACAUUGCAGGCUUAAUCCAGGCCGCUUCUGCGUUUCUUAAUGAGUAAAUCGCACUGAAAUGACGCUGGACGUCCUCACGGAUUCUGGCGUGAAAAAAGAUCUUCAUAGGAAAGCAUUGAGUAAUGCUUUUUCAAUGGGCGGGUUUGAAUGUGCAUUCGGCUCCACUCGAAAGCUGACGUUGGCAGGUGAGGAGAGGUCACCAGCGCCGAGGGAUUCCGGAGCUGGAAUAAGGUAAGGCAUUAAUCUGAGUGCUGCAACCUUGCAGUAACACAUGGUCAGUGAAGUGGGUGAGUAGCCAAAAGCGCCUGAUUUUAGACAGUCGGCGAUCAUACCACUGUCUGUUGAGGGCAUCCUGGCAGCAUUGUACAUACAGCUCUCCAGCUACAAAAAUGGCUUAAAGGACAACUAAAGGUAACCGUGGACCACUUCAUCACAAUGAAGUCUGAGUGCAGUAGUUGUGUCAUUUUAACAAAUUUUAGUUGUUUACAUUGUAGUGUUAAAAAUACACCUCUAGUGGCCAUCUUCCUGAGAGCCACUAGAGGCGCUUCCUCCUCCAGAAACGAGUCAAACUUGGUCCUGAAAUUAAAUGCUGCUCAUAGCAUGUGAUUGGAUGGCUGUGCAUGUGUUGAUCCCAUCCACUGAUUCUAUAAAAGAAGCAUUUGAUUGGAAGAGAUCGCGGAAUACACCAGCACUUACCUCCCAGUAGGAGGGGGACUCAUUAACUCUAUAGUGCCAGGAAAACAGGUUUGUUUUCCUGGCACUAUAGGAUCCCUUUAAAUGUGGCAUUACAAUUCUCAGUUUAGUGUGUCCGGCUCUGUUGCCAACGUUUGUGUGUUUUCGUUUCUAUAUGAGCUUAAAGCUGAACACAUCUAGUCUGCCUUUCCUUCCCAGACCUUACCCAUUAUCUGAUACUAGUAUAAAUACAGAAUUUCUUCCUGGAUGAUGUUUUAUUUGAAGCUUAAAUUUCCACAAAAGGCAACCAAACCAGAUCAUCUCAAUGACGUGGUCUGGGUGCCAUGCUCCUUUUAACCUGGUCAUGUAAAAUAUCGCAGUUUAGUAGAUAUCUGGUUCAAUAUUCCACUAGUAGCUGUCGGCCUUCAAUGGGAGCACUGUUAGUCCCCAGGACCUCUAUUGGCUAUUUAGAAGCGUCAACAUAAUGUGGCUGCAGGGACUGCUUCUCUGCACUGGGCAAAAAAUGGUAAAUAAAACCUUUAUCUUCCAUUUAUUGUUUAGAGUUCAGUGGGGCUCUGAAGCUAUAAAACAGAAUAUAUUAUAGCGUUGGGAAUAGAGGUUUGUAUUGCUAAUGCUAUAGUGUUCCUUUAAAUCCUUUUCUGCAAAGUGGUUUGGGGUUUUUUCCCCUGAAAAAUAGUUUUUCAACACAAAUAUUGUGGAAAACAAUUUUAAGAAAUUAUACCGGAUCAGUUUCUGUCUACGUUUAACAUAUUCUCGUGGAAAGCAGUGUGAGUGUCACGGACAGUCAGAAAUACUAAUCUCCUGCUUUCUGGUAUGUGGACAUAAUUCAGACAUAUGGUAAGUACAGUUACACUAAACUUGACUAUAUAAGGUACUAUUUCUCAAAUUCUGGGUUGGUCCAUUGAAUUGAGUCUUAGUGAAAUACUCACAUUGAUUGUGUUGGAAUUUCCCAGAAUUCCAACGUAGUCCUAUGAUAGACAUUAUAUACCGGUAUGAUGUCCAUAGACACCAGUGCUGUGCUCUCGCGUUCUCUUGGCAGAUGACGUCCCAGGAGUUUAAUAGGAUCCCCUGGAUAGAGAUGGCUGCGGCCAGCGAGGGUGCCUUCCACUGCAGCUCCAGGCCACCGCACACCAAGCAACGAUGCCAUCAUCAAGGGUCUUUGCAAAAUAUACAGAGACCCCAGAAAGUGAAAGGUCUCUUGUUGAAAGUGAAAGGUCUCUUGUAUUGUUUUUCUCUCCCCCCUGUUGCAUGUCUACAGAAUUGUGUUUGAGGAGAAGGGUCAGGGAGAGAUAAUUACCUGAAUCACUCCAGUUUCUGGCUAAUGGUGUGAAUAGAUGCUGUCAUUCAUUGCAAUAAUGAGAGCUGCUUGAAAAGUGACCAGCAGCUCUGCCAUCGUCUCAUUCAUUGUUUCCUUUUUCAUUGAACAGGGGUUUGUGAAGGGCUGUGCACCAUAUAACUCACUUUAUAGGGGACAAAGUGACCCGUCUCACAUUUUAUGAUUUUAUUUAUUCAUUUUUAAUGCUGCUGCUUUAAAAAUUAGGAAAAUGCUUUCAGAUGUCCUGAUGCUUUAUCUAAUACACUGCAAGGAAAAACCAGACCAGGAAGAGGCUCAUCCAAUCAGGAACCUCUAUUCUGGUGUGCGAGCGUUUUCCUAUGCCGCAGGGCUGUAUGGGACCUGUAGUUCAGUUGUACCCGUCACACCGCUAUAGCGAUCGCAUGAGACGCAGACUGCACAUGUGUAUAACUGCUUCUCCUGGUGUAGUAGGUAACCCAACACAAGAAGUAAAAACUCCAUGUUUAGAUCUACAGAGCAAUCAAUAGCUGUGUGAUGGUUCAAAUACAAAUCCAUGUAGUUAUAAACCAAGAAGCACCAUAUCGUAAUAAUGCAGAGCAGAAGGCUUUAUUUUUUUUUUUUUAAGGACUUAUUGAGCAAAACUAAUUUAACAAAAACACCCGUGCUAACCUAACGUACACCGUGCACUAUGUCAUGUCCUUUUUAAAUCCAUAGUUUCAUUUAUUGCACGAGAAUAAUAUCUGUUGAACUCUGAUCUCCCCGCUUUGCCGUGCCUCGUUUUUCUCUGUAUGCUAAGCAGUUCUGCGGCCCUCGUAACAAAUUUAAGCAGAACUCAAACAUGUAAAUAUCAGAAACGGGAUGUAUUGAGGACAAAGCAGUUACUGUAUGUAACAAGCUCAUUAAAAUGUGUAUUUAACGCUGACGUUAGUUAUUAGUCUAAUUCGCCUUCUAUCCUUUCAGUCUUUCAAUGGCCACCGCUUUUCCCCUGUUGAGACCGUCAUUACAGAUGAUCUCUGUUAAUCCAACGUUUCCUUGUGGGCGUCAGUUAGCGUUGUCUCGUAGAGAUGACUUGGUUCAGUGCUUUUCUAUAAGGAGCGAUUGCAGAACCCUCCAGGAAGCUCCUCUAGUGGCUGUUUAAGUGACUAAGUGAGUGACAGCCACUAGAGGUGGCCUUUAGCAAGCGAUGUAGGAACAGUCUCCCCACAUUAGGCUUUGGUGGUUUUGAGAUAUCUGUAUAAUAUCGAUGCUAAACACAACUACAAAAUCGCUGCAAAUAUUCACAUUUUAUCCGAGGCUCUUUACUGUUAGAGAGUAGAAAGUAAAGUAUGUUUCCAUGUGGCACUGCCACGUUUUUGGAAGAUAAUUCUUUCUCUCAGCCCACCCCCACUCACUCGCCCCGCUAUUGAACCUCUUUCAGGGUGUGGGGGCUGUCCUGCGUGGAGGUAAGUUAGGAAAAAAAAGUGUACUCACGGCACUUUCUCGUUCAAAGCAGCAUCAUUGGCUGUUUAUUAACGGAUGCCGUAUUUGCUCGUCCUACGUGCGGUACGAGACACGAGGUUUACAUUGAUGUGAAAUGAGAUUGCAAUAAAAAGAUACAUACUUCUCUUUGCUUUGUCGGAUUUGCUGUGAGCUCAGAUCAGUAAGUGGCGCGGCCAAUCAGUACGUUCACAUUAUUUCCAUGUUCUAGCAGCAGACGUUAGUGUGACCUGUAAUGACACCUUCGUUAGAUAGGGUGACGGCUCACCGGCGGCCCAUUCAGGUUUUAAUAGUGCCACUGUCAGAGGUGUUCACAGCUUCACAAUAACAUAUUACCAGUAAGCCUGCCUGACGAAGUAGCCAUUGAUAUAAUAUUUGGAUGGGCGCAGGGGGCGAUGCUAUAGCUGAGGAUACUGUAUAGUCUCUUCUCUAACAUACACCAUGAGAUGCUGGAAUUGGCACACACAAAAACUACGUUUCAACGUCGUUUGAAUGUAUUCCAAUUUCCAUGGACUCACAAUUAGUGUGGCUACCGGGGUUUAGCUUCCUUGUGUAAAGCAGGUUCUGCCAAAGUCACGCUUGGUGACUGAAUUUAUUGAUCUAUCGAUUACUGAUACAGUCAUGUAUUUCGUUUGUGUCUGGUGCUUUAGAAACGCGUUGAUGGCUGGGUUUACACAUUGUUUGAAUGUUGGCGUGCAAUGUUUUGGGUACUCGGUAUGUGUUAAGUGAAUGAUGUGCAGAUAGACUAUCACACUGCACGUGCUUGUCUAGUGCAAGACCUUAUUUCCAAUGCUGUAAAUCAGCGUAGUCCUUGUAACACUGUGUCCGUCAAGCCUUCUCUCAGCUUCCCUAAACAUCUAUAGUGAUUUAAAGAGGUUGUUUAAAACUUUACUUGGUGCUGUUCGGUGUUAAGCAUGUUUCUAAGGGGGCAGAACAUCCCAUUGCAUGUGGCAAAGUCCUGAUCAAAGUCAAUAGGAAACACAGCAGGCUUGCUGGCUCUCCGUUUCCGGUAGAGCGUGCAUGCACACAGGUGGAGCUCACUGCACAGAGCAAUCUAUUAAUGUUUGCACCUUGGGAUUGGCUGCAGUUCCAGCCAUGUCUGUCAGUCACAAAAUCUUAUAAUAGACAAACUUAACCACAAAGUAUUUUUAAAAAAUUUUUUUUUUACAAAACUGAAACGCCUGAACAACUGAAAACGAGUGGUAAACUGAUAUUUAAUAGGCGCCAGCAUGUUCAGUAGCGCAUCCUAGUUCUGGCUAGAAUACACCAAUCUGACAUUAUGGUGGUAUCGGACUUUCUCGUUUUGAGUACACCCGGAAGUGAUGUAUAAGAAGUAAUGUACAAAGCCUUAGUAUAAAACAAGCAAGAUCCACUGAGUGUUGCUUAGUAUCUGGAAGUGUUAUUUCUGAAAGGUUGUAGCAGGGUUAAUCUUCCCCAUAGAGCGUAAUCACACACCUUUUACAUGCAAUACCGCAACUCCAAAUAGAGGCCUUAUUUAUCACGGGGUCCCAGCAUGGAAGGUAUGUGGCUCUUGGGGAAUAAAACCCUCUCUACUCAGAGACUGGCCUGUUUAAAACAACCCUCCCCAGUUUUCUGUUUUGGAAUGUGUUACUUAAAUGAUCACAUUGUGACAGCAGGUUUGCUGUUCGUGGUCCGUUUACCUGUAGUGUAACGAUGAUUCCCCAUAUACCUACAGGGACAGAGCUUGUAGGCUGGUCCUAGAUUAUUUAUAAAGCCACAAUGUGUUGAAUUUUGUUUACAUCAAAGCAAGUUUAUUUAAUCAGACAGAAUUGUUAGAACUUUAAACAUUAAAAAUCUACAUGGUUUUUCGUUUUACAUUUGUGGAAAUGUCCUGAUUUAGUGUUUUUUUUUGAAGAAUACAUUCAUCUAUCUCGUGUCAAACAUGAGUAGUUCUGUUUUGUGGAACGUUUAACCCCUUAAGGACCAAACUUCUGGAAUAAAAGGGAAUCAAGACAUGUCACACAUGCCAUGUGUCCUUAAGGGAACCCCUUAUUUUCCAGAGAGCGUGAUAUGGAGAUUGGAGGGAAAUAUUAAACAGACCCUCGGCAAGGUGAUUCCCCCCUUUUAACCCUACAGGUGCUUCUCCGUCAAAUACAUUCCAGUGUCUAUUAUUAAUUAGUGAUUUUCGGGAUCUUAUUGGCUAAUAUUAUAAUGAAAAUUAAUAAGAAAGAUAUGACGCAGGAUACUGAGCGUUGGACCAAGGCACCUCUUCAAUAGAGAAUAGUAUUAUUCCUGUAUUAUGACUGUGUAUGUACCGGAUCUGUCACUCAUUGACUUGAUGUGCAUCCUCCUAAUUUCUCUCUCUCUCUCUCCGUAUAAUGUUUUAAGGUUGUAAAGUUCCUCGUAAUUUUCGUCUUUUGGAGGAGCUGGAGGAAGGUCAGAAGGGUGUGGGCGAUGGGACGGUUAGCUGGGGGCUGGAAGACGAUGAGGACAUGACACUCACAAGAUGGACCGGUAUGAUAAUUGGACCUCCUAGGGUGAGUAUGGAAAGGACUGUGUGUGUCGUUCAUUUCUUAAAUAAGUCAAACCAUAAAUCUGCUGGCUAGGAUUCACUUACACAAGCUGUGCAAUAAACAAGGCACCCGGUAACAGGAUGGUGCUCACUACUCCUAGCACCAAAACGUUAUAUUCAGUUAAGUGCCCCUUUAAUUUCUUUUAAUCAAUGAAACUGAGCAUGCAACUUUUGUACAUAACACAGCCCUAUUAGAGCGUGUUAAACUUGCCAUUAGGGUUAAUAAACAUGUAUUCCUGAUCCUAUAGCAUUGAAACCUCCAUCUGGCCCCCACACCUCCCCUUGCCUCACUAAAUGUAGUAAAUAAUGUAAAAUCUUACCUUUAUUCCAGAGUGCUGCUGCUGACUCUGCCCCGAUCUGCCUGCUUGGCUGACAUCAUCAGAAGUUAUGAUCUGAGCCAAUCACAGUGCUUUCCCAUAGGAAAGCAUUGGAUUGGCUUGGACUUUCAAGAAGGAAGAUCAGGGGCAGAUCACAGCCCUGGCCAAUAAGCAUCUCCUCACAGAUACAUUGAAUCAAUGCAUCUCUAUGAGGAAAGUUCAGUGUCUCCAUGCAGAGGGUGGAGACACUGAUUGUCAGUCACACUGUGCAGCACUGCCCCAAUAAGCACCUCUAGUAGCCAUCUGAGGAGUGGCCAGUGGGGGUAUCCCUAGGCUGUAAAGUAAAAAUGACAGUGUUUACAGCAAAAAGCCUGAAGGUAAUGAUUCUACUCACCAUAACAAUUACAAUAAGCUGUGGUUGCUCUGGUGACUAUAGUGUCCCUUUAAAGUAUUUAGCAGCGGGAAUUUAAUGGCAAGUUUAUCCCUUGGUAUUCUGUAAGCGUUUAGUGAAUUAUGUCCCCUUUGUUAAUGUGGAUGUUCCUGUAGCCUAAACUGGCGCCCCUCACACAGAGCGGUAAUGUCACAAUUCCAGUCAGACGUAGGAGACUGGUGAUGCUAGGUUGUAGGUCUUUGUGCAUCUGGCUACCUGCAUGUUCUCUAUCAGACACAUUUUUUCACCUUGGUUAUAUGAAUGGGUCCCUAUUUAUUUGUUUAUUAUUUUUAAAGCAUUUCUCCUACCACAUAGAAAGCUUGUCAUACCCUCCAGCUCUCAACUAACGUGUGAUCUGUACACACGAAAAUAAGCAAGGCUAUGUAAUUGUGAAUGUUUACUACUGCAUCUGUACACCCCAAAUAACUGUUUGACAUCUCACCCUUCAUUCCCUUCUGUAAACCCCCCCUUUUACUUGUCAAAAUUGAAAAACUGAAUGAAUAAAUAAAGAUUGUUGUAGUUCAGCAACAUUUGGAGGUCCAGAGUUUGGAGAAGCCUGUCUUAGUGUGAUCUUGGGUUGGCUUCGGCUAGGUUUACACAUCAAAUAAUGUGUGGGCUACAGUUCCAGCAGAUGUAUAGUUUGAGGAUAAACAUGCUUCCUCCAAGAUCGAUGGCUGCCCCAAACUAUGUAAAUACUUUAAGGCUUCCAUUUCCAGCCGCCAUCUUUGGGAUUUCCUAAUCAAAAAGCACAGCUAUUACCAUGAGUGCAGUGACGAAUAUCCUUUAGCUUGAUGAUCUCCCACUUGGCUAGUUUGUGCCGGCUGUAAUACAGCAAUGGUUACAAAAGCCUGCCUCUACGUUCUUUAGUCUGCCUUAUCAAACACCAUCGUAAACCAUGCAUUUGUUUCUGUUUUUCCUGCAGACAAUUUAUGAAAACCGAAUAUACAGCCUUAAAAUAGAGUGUGGGCCUAAAUAUCCAGAAUCCCCUCCGUUUGUUAGAUUUGUAACAAAAAUAAAUAUGAAUGGAGUGAAUAAUUCAAAUGGAGUGGUGAGUAUUUCUCAUUUUCUUUGUGUGUGGAUUUAGCGGUAGGUCUUGAUACUGGUGAAUAGAGCAUUCUGAGGCACAGUACUGUGUUCUAGGACUCGGCAGCUACCUAAACAACUUCAGUAAGCUGAUCUACUGUUAAGUUCCCGGUAGCCCAUCCACGUAUCCCCAAUUCUCCUCCGCCAGGUAACAAAUAAGGAAUUGCUGAUUUGCUGUGUGUCAGCUCACAGUCUAAUUGCAAUAAAAGUACAUACCAGUAAUAAAAACGGUUCAACAUAGGAAAGCAUUGACUCAAUGAGUUACAUCGGUCUGUGAAGUGGACGUGUGUCUAGUGGCUGUCAGGAAGAUGGGUUAUAAAGGUGGACUUAACUACGCAGGGUUAAACACUAAAGGACCACGGCACCCAGUCCACUUCAUUAAGAUGAAGUAGCUUGGGUGACUAGUGACGCUUUAAGGUUAGACUAGAACUCAAAUAAACUUUUGAUAUAAAGGGUUUUUUUUUUUUCCUGAAUUUCUGAGUCUCUUUUGAUGAAUUUAUCUUGCCACUCGAAGAAAAACAACAACUUUGCAAAGGUUAUGUUGCAGAGAUCACCCAUAUUAAAAUGCCACAAUAAAGCAAGCCUUUGGAGCUUAGAUGUCAGAGGAAGAAAUAUUAAUGUUUUAGGGAAUUUUUUUAUUUUUGUUUAAGAUUUUUGUUUUAAUGUUCUCUUGAGUUAGUUGUUGACACACACACGCAAAACCCACAAACCUACACAAUACCACACAGCCGUAUAUAUACUGCCAUUCUGCGGUCAAGACGGAAUUUUUUUCCUAGUAUAUUAUUAAUAAUAAUCUAGACGUGAAAACUGAUCAAUAGAAAGUGUUGGCUUAUAACUGCAGCAAUUUUAACAAAUACAUCUCACAGCUAUAAUGCCGCCCUUUGAGGCUGUCAGGCUGUAUGGAACGAGAGAUCUGGGUUGUCUGUAUUAAUUUAGUUCGUGAGCUGAACUCUUCCAGAUCGAGGGAGAGUUCUGCUGAUUGUUGUGCCGUGCCUGGCUCACUAAACAACGAACUGGGAUAUGUGUAAACUGAUUUCAGCUAUGGCUAAUGAUUCUUGAAUCAUUGUACAUGAUGAGUUACUUCAUGUAGAUUUAAUGAAAGCAAUUUUAUAUGCCAGUAGUGUGUAUCUUCAGAGUGUGCACUUGGCAGCCAAUCAUCUCUCUGCAAUACUUUGCAAAAGGAUCACCUCUUCUCUUCCCAGGGGCAGAUCUGCCUCCAUUGUCCGAGGGAAGGCUGGCCACUAAAGUGACCUGUCAUCUAGUGUGCAUGCCAAGUGUAAUGUUCUAGGCUUUGGGAGAUAUAACCCAGCACUUUUAUUAAUGAAUGUUUCCCUGUCUCUCUCUCUUUUUAUUGUAGGUGGAUCCCAGAGCCAUAUCAGUUCUAGCAAAAUGGCAGAAUUCUUAUUGCAUCAAAGUUAUUCUGCAAGAACUACGGCGUCUAAUGAUGUCUAAAGAAAAUAUGAAACUUCCUCAGCCGCCUGAAGGACAAUGUUACAGCAAUUAAAAAAACAAACAAACAAAAAAGGAAAAAAAAAACACAAAAAAAUUCAUGCCCAAUUUACAUUGAAUUUAAGCGGUCUUCAUUUUUCACAGUAGUAAAUUUUCUAGAUACAUCUUGUAGACUUCAGAGUACUGGAAAGGAAGUUCCCAAGAUAAAACCAGUUUAUCUUGCGUGACUGUGAAUUGAUACGAAUAUAUAUAUACAUACAUACAUAUAUGUGUGUGUGUGUAUAUUAUUUUUCCUCUUGUUCCCUAUUCAAGCUCUCUUUAAGUUGUGCUAUUACAUAAUCCCAUCACGUCUAACCACUGUCUGCCUAGUUUGAACUUCUGUUCUCAAGAAAAAUCUAUUUACAUUUAUUACUGUUCAAAAGGAGUGUGGUAAAUACCUCGACUGUGAAACGUAUCACACAAUCACAUUGCUGCAAAUUUCAUUUUAGGUAAUUUUUUUGUUUGCCUGAUUUUAUUCUAUUUGCUUUAGACUUAUAGUCCCAAGCUAUCUCUAAAAUGUCCUACAAAAGCGUCCCCCCCAUCUCUCCAUUUUUUUUAUUUUUUUUUCCUUUUAAUUUUUUUUUUGUGUGUGUGUGUUUUCCCGGCUGCACACCGGGUUUCAUGGACUACUAAUGGAAUGCGUGCUAACCUGGGUCAUCCUUUACCUCCCCUCUGUGUCGUCUUUAAUAAAUGCUGAAUGUGGCAGAUUGUGGGUUGUAUUUAUUCUUUAAUUUUUUUAUAUUUAAAGGGAUGAUCUGAACACCUAACCCUACAGCUCACUCUCUUGUGGUUAUGGUUUCAGGAGUCACCUAGCGCUGUCAAAAAAUUGAUUAAUGGUUAGAAAGUGUCGGGUGCCUGUGAUACUUCCAGUCUGCACCGAUAUGCUAAAGUGGAAGACCAGCGGACUAACUUUGCAGAUGAUAAAUUUGUUGAAUGUCAGCUGUCUUAAACUGAUUCACAGUUUACUAUGGGAUGGCGCACGACACUCCUGGCACCAUAAACACGAUGGAAAGCUGUAGUGGUUAUGGUGCUUAGUGUAACCUUUAAGAUUGUCAAACCUUCAACACUUCUGCUGUCCUAUGAUUAUUGCUGUACCCAUUCUAAAAAGACUACAAGAAAUGUUUGUUUUUUGAGGAGUCUAUUUUAAUUUUUUUUUUUUACUAAUUUUGCUUUGUAACAGCUUGCAAGUUAUGACGUAGUGAUUUUUUACAUGACGCAAGAUGUUUUAUAAUGUACAUUUUGAUCUAAAGUAAGUUUACGUGUACUUGGACAGAGGAACUGUUCAUAAAGGUUCAAAACUAACCACUAACGGCUGUACUCACGCAGACCAGGUGAGCUUUGGUUAUCACCGCUAGUAAGCGGUUACCGAGCGCCUCCUGUCGGAGGGGCCCUCCCCGAGCGCCUCCUGUCGGAGGGGCCCUCCCCGAGCGCCUCCUGUCGGAGGGGCCCUCCCCGAGCGCCUCCUGUCUGACAGCCGGUAACAUCUGUAAAGUAAUCUGCUUUGUCUCAUUCAAAUAGAAGAACCCUAUUCACUAAAGUAAGAAUUUCAAAUUUAAGCCCAUGAUACCUGAUCUAUAAAAAUCCUCUAUGCUAUACUUUUAGCCUUGUAAUUUUGCCUUAAAUUUGAAAUUUACUUUGAAUUCUUACAUUAGUAAAUAAUCUUAUGAGUGCAGAUAACUGGGUUUUUAACCACUAAACUGACAAUAGGUAGAAAAAACUGAUCCGUAAAACUAGAAUCUCCUCACUCUGCCUCCGUUACGGUCUGGUUAUUGUAGCCUAAAUGCUGUUGUUUAGAUUUUAAUUUCCUACCAUUUGGAGUUUAGUGAAUAAACCCAGUGAUGAAACCAGUUUAGCCUUUUUUAAUCCAAGAAAACCAAUCAGCUUAUUGUGUUUCUUGUUACAUUAUAAACAUUUGUCAUGUUUG